AUGAUGGACCUUUGGAGCAGCAUGGUCCUUGCCCAUGCAUCUUUAAACUUACUUUCAAGAUUGAAUUUGGAACGACCCUCUGAAAACUGGGUGAUACUUGUAGCAGGUUCCAAUGGUUACUACAAUUAUAGACAUCAAGCCGAUAUUUGUCAUGCUUACAAAAUUGUCACAGAGAAGGGAAAAAUUCCAAAAUCCAACAUUAUCACCUUCAUGUAUGAUGACAUUGCAUACAAUAAGGAGAAUCCUCAUCCUGGAGUAAUAAUUAAUGAAUACAACGGAACCAAUGUCUACAUCGGAAAAGAAGCCAUUGAUUAUCGUGGCAAUGAUGUCACACCACAGAAUUUCCUUUCAGUGUUGAGAGGAGAACCAAUGUCUGUUGGAAGUGGAAAGACACUUAAAUCUGGACCCAACGAUAAGAUUUUCAUUUACUUUUCGGACCAUGGAGCUACCAAUGUUUUAGCAUUCCCUGGAUUUUCACUGUUACACUCCAGUGAUUUAUAUGAAGCUCUUCAAUUCAUGUAUCAAAAUAAGAGAUACAGUCAAUUAGUUUUCUAUGUUGAAGCAUGUGAAAGUGGCAGCAUGUUCAAUCAAAUUUUAUCGUCUAGUUUGAAUAUUUAUGCAGAAACAGCAUCCACUCCAUUUGAAUCCUCCUAUGCCUGUGAUUAUAGUAAUGAAUUUGCAGCUUACCUUAAUGACUGUUAUUCCAUCAAUUGGAUGAAUGACAGUGACAUUUCUGACAUUCGCGUGGAAACUGUUGGAAUUCAGUUUGAAAAAGUGAGAAAGGAUACCACUACUUCAAGAGUGUGUCGAUAUGGAGAUUUUGUAAUUGAGAAGGAACCAUUGAUUAAUUUCCAAGGAAAUAAUUCCAUCAAGAUGACGUCUCAAGCAACUCCUCAGCAGAAAACACAACAGACAUUUGGAAUUUCUCGUCAACCUAUGGAUUCUCGUAAAGUCUACGAAGAUUAUUUACAAAGAAAACUUCGAAGCUUAAUGAGCUCCUCUUCCACAGCCUCACUCUCUGAAAAAUUACAUCUUCUUACCUUAAUUGAAGAGUAUAGACAAUCUAUGAAAAAGACUGAUCGAAUUUUCCAACACUUGUCAGACCUGUAUCCACUUGACAAGUUUAGAAAUCGACGUUUAUGGAUGCAAGCACAAAGAGAUGAUGAAGAAACUUCAUGUCGUUCACAAGCUCUUGCAGCAAAUCCACUCUGUAUGAAACUAUUUGUUCAACUCUACGAAAAGAGAUGUGGCUUAUUUGAUGAAUAUUCGUUGAAAUAUAUUUCAUAUUUUAGCGACUUGUGUUUACAAGCAGCAACAAGUGACAGCGGCAGUGCUGACAAUGAUGCAUUUAGAUUUGUAAAGAAGAUGUAUAAUUCUUUGGACGAGACACUGAAACGGAAAAUGUUUCAGGUUUCAUUGGGUAGAUCGAUAACCGAUGCUUGGUUAAUUAUUUUGCAGAUUGUUUUGAUUCAAUCCGUUAAUUAUUUUCUUUUAAUUUUGUUAUGUGUAGCGUUUUGUUUGCCUUUCGGCUUUGUACCAACAUUGGAGCAGUUGUUUUCAUAUAAGGCUAUUUCAGUGUUCAGUUUGUUUGGAUGGAUUAAUAUUGUAAUUUGGUUGUUGGACGGUUUUAUUGGAGGUUUUCUUUUAUUCAUGAUUGUGAGGAGAAGCAAAAAGUGCAUGGAUUUCACCAUCACUUUUCACGUCAUUCAUCUCUUAUUAUGCAUCAUUUACAAGGCAUUCCCAGUGUAUUGGGAGUGGUAUGUGUGUGUGAUUUUGCACAGUAUUAUCAUGACUUUAGUGGGAGAGUUUUCAUGUUAUUGGAGAGAACAACGAGAAAUUAAUUUACCAUCCAUGAAUCGCUCCUCAUCGAGCAGUAGUCGAACCUCGAAUUCUCUCACUUCAUCAUCAACAACAAGUUCAGCUCUUCCAUCACGAGAUGUUCAAGAUGACGAUGACGAUGAAGAAUCUGCUAUUGGAGAUCCUCAAAUAGCAGAACGAACUGCAUUUCUAUCCAACACGACGAAGGAAGAAAAGGCUCACUAA